GUCUCGGAGGCCGGAGGACUUGGGUGAAGAUGGCGGCAGCCGAGGCCGCGAACUGCAUCAUGGAGAAUUUUGUAGCCACCUUGGCUAAUGGGAUGAGCCUCCAGCCGCCUCUUGAAGAAGUUUCCUGUGGCCAAGCAGAGAGCAGUGAGAAGCCCAAUGCUGAGGACAUGACAUCCAAAGACUACUACUUUGACUCCUAUGCCCACUUUGGCAUCCAUGAGGAGAUGCUGAAGGAUGAAGUGCGUACCCUCACAUACCGCAACUCCAUGUUUCACAAUCGACACCUCUUCAAAGACAAGGUGGUGCUGGACGUGGGCUCGGGCACCGGCAUCCUCUGCAUGUUUGCGGCCAAGGCCGGGGCCCGCAAGGUCAUUGGGAUUGAGUGUUCCAGUAUCUCUGAUUACGCUGUGAAGAUCGUCAAAGCCAACAAGUUAGACCACGUGGUAACCAUCAUCAAGGGCAAGGUGGAGGAAGUGGAACUGCCCGUGGAGAAAGUGGACAUCAUCAUCAGCGAGUGGAUGGGCUACUGUCUGUUCUACGAGUCCAUGCUCAACACGGUGCUGCAUGCCCGGGACAAGUGGCUGGCACCUGAUGGCCUCAUCUUCCCAGACCGGGCCACCCUUUAUGUCACAGCCAUUGAGGACCGACAAUAUAAAGACUACAAGAUCCACUGGUGGGAGAAUGUAUAUGGUUUUGAUAUGUCCUGCAUCAAAGACGUGGCCAUCAAGGAGCCCUUGGUGGAUGUGGUGGACCCAAAGCAGCUGGUCACGAAUGCCUGCCUCAUAAAGGAGGUGGACAUUUAUACAGUCAAGGUAGAGGACCUGACCUUCACCUCCCCCUUCUGCCUCCAAGUGAAGAGGAAUGACUACGUGCAUGCAUUGGUGGCCUACUUCAACAUCGAGUUCACCCGAUGCCACAAGAGGACCGGCUUUUCUACCAGUCCUGAGUCCCCAUACACACACUGGAAGCAAACUGUGUUCUACAUGGAAGACUACCUAACAGUGAAGACUGGCGAGGAGAUCUUUGGCACCAUUGGCAUGAGGCCCAACGCCAAAAACAAUCGCGACUUGGACUUUACCAUCGACCUGGACUUCAAGGGACAGCUAUGUGAGCUCUCUUGCUCCACCGACUACCGGAUGCGCUGAGGAGGCGCCGGGCUGGCCCUUCUGCAGAAGAGGGUUCAGGGGCUGGGCUUGGGGGACGGGAGGGUACAUCGUGACUGUUUUUCAUAACUUAUGUUUUUAUAUGGUUGCGUUUACGCCAAUAAAUCCUCAGCUGACGGUUCCA